AAACCAGGUAGAGAGUUGCUGAUUUUAUAUAUUUUACGAUCAAUCUUUUAACGCUUGAAGAGAUAAAUAGAUAAAGCACACAUCGAUAUUAUCUCUCUCUCAAAUACCAGCGUUUCCUUCCUCGUUGUAGCCUUUUGACCAGUUUCAUGUAGUUUACUUAACUCCCGUUCUCGAUCUCUGUCAAUGGUCAGUGUGACCUCUGGUUUAUGAUCUCUGCCUUUUUUUGUUGCUUUGUCGCCACCCAGUGGUGGAAGGACGACACGACAAUACACAGAUUCAAGAUUCAAGUUUUAAGAACUUUAUUAUCGAGGUGCAGACACAACGAAAUUACGUGUCAUCCUCAAAUCAAAUUGUGCCUGCUAAAUAUUUACAAAAGAAAACACACCGAAUAUGAAUAUGAGCAACCAUAUAAAAUCAAAUCAAAUACAGUUCAAACACAAAGUCAAGGUAACUAAAGUCAAGAAAACUACGGUGCACAGAGCCAGGAUAAAUAAUAUGAAUAUUGUGGUAUUAUCGAUGGUCUACCAGCAUGAAAUGUGUUAUAAAAUUGUGUGUGUGUCAAGGCUAUGUAAUUUUGCUUGUCCUUAUCAGCAACAUAACUUGCGCCAAAAGACAUACGGCUAUGAGAGGCGUUUGAAUUUAUGUCACACUGUCCUCCUGAGGCACCCAGUCACUGUCUUAGCUUUUUAUGUGUACGUCAGUGAAAAGUAUUUUUUGUAAUUAGCCCUGAAUACAGAGCACUUACACACAAUCAAAAGGGAAAGGGUGGCACUGAAAACACACCCGAUCACAAUGACUUUAUUCAAAUUUAAAUCUCAAGCUGACAACAGAGAAGAACAUUACAUUACAUUUAAAACUAAGGAUUUAUGUACCUUGAGUGGCUGAAUGGUCCCUGACGUCACAAGCAGAUGAUUUCCCGGACAUGCAGAGGAGUCUGGGGCAUUAGUCAAGAUUUGGAGAAAUCGCUUACUUUCAGAGUAUUAGAGCAAUAUUGAAGAAGAAAUAAUUGUCAAGAGUAAGGUUGUAGUUUAUUGAGAAAUAAAGUCAUAAUAUUAAAAGAUAUACUAUAUAAAAUAUGUCAUAACAUAUUAUAGAACAUAUUAUUUAACAUGUUGCACAAUGAGGAGAAGAGAGAGGAAAGACAUGAAGAAGAGAGAGAAGGAGGAAAAGAUGGAGAAGAGGAAGAAGUAAACCCUGUUUUCAUUUCACCCCCAAACCUAGACCAACUUCUUCCCUUUAAGUUGUCGUGCAGACAUGUAUCCAUCCACCCUUCUUGAAAAAUAAAAAUAAUAAAAUAAAAUAAUUCACUCUUAUCCACAUGUCUGAGUCACAUUUCCCUUAUUUAACUGUCUGUAAACUGAAGAUGAUUCUUCAUUUCCAUCUUGAUGCACUAUGAAGUGUUAGUAGAUUGUGUAGGUUUUACUGCAGCUGAUACCUUUCAUACAUCAGAGAGAUACCACCCUCCAGUGGUCAAAGCUUAGAACUGCAUCAACGAGUUUGCACAGACCUUGGAGUGGUUUGAAUUUUCAAAAUAGAAAAAAAUGUGCUUGAAGAAAUAUAGAUUUUAUGGAAGUGUACAGACUUGACUCAGACAUUUGAUUAAGAUUACAGAUUUCAUCCAAGCUUGCACUUUUAUUCCAAGAAAUGGUCGGUAUACAAACUAAAUGAGGGAGUCUCAAAGCCUGAGGUCCCCAUGGCGCCACAAACAGUGGAAUCAAACCUCAUUUUACUCCACACCUGAAUUCACAAAUGUCAGAACUGAUAACAUCUGAUCUUGUCUUGUGCUUGACAUUUUUUUUUUCUGGAAUCAUGGAGACAUUUAGUCCAUAAAGCACAAAAAGGACACGAUCGGUGCAUGUAGGAGUGUCUCAAAUGUUUCUAUACUAAAAAUUACCAGCCCGUGUCAUACAUGAAUAUUACUAAUUUAUUCACCCUAAUGGAUCAAAAACCCUGAUACUUUCAUAUUACCCACAGAUCCUGACAUGUAGUGUGGAGAAGUGCAAAUACAUCUCAAAUAUGAAUCCAUUUUUCAACACUGUAUAUGAUUGGUUCCUAUAUAGUCCAUGCAAUGCUUCUUUCAAUGAUCAUGUUCCUACUCAACACAGGCAACCAAGAAACACUGAAGCAGAAUUCAAACUUGAUAUCAAGAUGUAGUGAUGCAAAAGCUUGUUGAAGUGUAGAUGGAAAACUUUCACUAUUUAUUUCGUCAGCAAAAAAAAUUCCAACCUUUUAUAAAAAUGUCCAUGUCAUUCUUGGACGACGUGUCAGAGGGAUGCAGCCCGUGGUGACAGUGUGAGGUCAACCUGAAGUGAACGUGGUGUGUGGAAACAGUAGAUUUCUUAAUAAUAUCAAAAUGGAAGAAAACGGCUCAUGUAUGACAUUUAAUUUAGUAUUUGUUAUUUCAUAUUCAGUCAUUUUGUUUUAUUUCUACAUUUCUUUGUAUAUUUCAGUGUAUAUUAAUGAAUGCCAGGCUGACUGACCACCUGGCUGAUGAAUUGAACGGACGUUCAUAUCUGAAGUGAGGGCUGGUUCGACUGCAGUCAAACGCUGACCGCGUGGUGGAGGAGUUGCACCAGAUACAUGAACUGCUCUGUGCCAGGCUUUUGCUGGGAUCCCGCCUCGACAACCCUCGACAGACACUCGACUCGAGUGGGGGAUGUUGGAUUCCGUCGGAGCUCGAUCAGAGUUUAUCAUCUGCGUGGAAGGGAACGACGCGGACGCGUCCAGCGCGCACAGCCCGGGUCAUGGCACAGAAGUCAACUCCAGGCUGGUUGGGAGUUCUCCUCUCUGCGACGACCAUCGCCAUUCUCGCGGGGAGUCCGCCCAGACCUCUAGGAGGCGGGUCCACCGACCAACCCAGACCUCGGAGCCCGUUGUGGUAGCGGGCCGUGUUUCCAGGGUUUAUCUGAGCCCCGAUCAGCUCCGACAGCUGCACUUCAAGCCAACCGUCGGCCUCAUCCAGCUCUCAGAGGGCCACGAGUCCAAGUUCAACUGCUCCAUCAACAUCCCAGACGCCAGGGCGGAGCCCACCAUCAUCUGGCUGAGGAACGGCCAGGACCUGGCAGCAAAUGUUCAGGUGGUGAUCAACGAGCUCCACACCUUCACGGACGGGGUCACGACUCUCCUCUCCACUGUCAGCAUUAGCUAUGUGCAGAGAGCGGAUGCAGGGGAGUAUCGCUGCAGACUGAGUAUCGGCACCACGAUGGUGGAGUCUCAGCCAAUCGUCGUCGCCGUGAAUGGUCUACCAUCGUUUAUCCAUCAGCCUGAGGACAGGAACGUAACAAGAGGCACGCCGUUCACGCUGUCAUGUGAGGCUGUGGGACCCCCGGACCCUGUUCAAAUCCGCUGGCUCCGUGAUGGAUUACCUGAUAGUGACUUUCAUAACUCUCCCAGCAGCUACUCUGUGUCAGGUGUGGACAAGUACACUCAGUUCAGCUGUGAAGCCUACAACGCGAAGGGUGUCACCACCUCCAGAGAAGCAAAUAUCAACAUCAAAGUGCUCCCCAGUCCCGUGUCUAACGUUACUGUGAUGGAGAGCCAGUCCAACAAGUUGAUGUUGAGCUGGAGCCCUGGUCACGAUGGCUUCUCUCCACUCACCAAGUGCCACAUCAGGGUUAAAGAGGUGAGUCGGCGGAAAGGGGAGGUGAUGACGACCAGGUUCAUCAACGUCACAGUGCCGCCCUUCCAGUGUGAGCUCCCCGGGCUCCAGGCCAUGACGCCGUACAACAUGAGCAUGUCCUGCAGCAAUGAGGUGGGGGCCUCUCCGGUCACCAUGUGGAUCCAGAGCAACACGACAGAGGGAGUGCCAUCAGUUUAUCCCCGAAACGUCACCGUACAGCUGAACGAGUCGUGGCUGGUGAUCAGGUGGAAGCCUCCGCCAGAUGAUAAGAUAAAUGGCGUCCUGCGUGGUUACGAUGUUAUUGUCAGACACGGCACACAAGAGAAAAGGAUCCACAGUUACAACACCAUGGCCUUUAUACCUGUGCAGGAAUUCAACACAACCUACAGUGUGGAGGUGGCUGCGUGCACUCAGGCAGGGAGUGGCAUGGUCAGUCCACGAGUCUGGCUGUUUGUGCCCGAAGACAAAUUAGUCGUGUCCCCAUCGUCCAGCCCGGACACAGGGGUCCCGGACUCUGUCUACGUCGUGCUGGGCGUGGUGUGUGGCUUCUGUCUCCUGCUGAUCAUCCUCUGGGGGGGGAUCUGUGUACACAACAGGACUUCUGACUCUUGGUUCGGGCAGGUGUUUGGUGGUGGAGAAAAGCCGCAGCCUGUCGUUCAGUACACACCCCAGAGAUCCUACAACCGAUCGGCCAUAGGAGUCACACUUGGGAACCUUGGUGUUAGUGAUGAACUCCAGGCCAAACUUCAGGACGUGAUGGUCAUGAGAAUCUUGCUCUCGAUAGGGAAGGUCCUUGGUGAAGGCGAAUUUGGCUCCGUGGUCGAGGGACACUUAAGACAACCAGAUGGAACAUCAGAAAAAGUUGCUGUGAAGACGAUGAAAUUGGAUAGCUUCUCUCAAAAGGAAAUUGAAGAGUUCCUGAAUGAGGCGGCCUGUAUGAAAGAUUUCAACCAUCCGAACGUCAUCAGACUGCUCGGUGUAUGCUUGGAUGUUGGCCCAGGACAAUUUACCAAGCCCAUGGUCAUUCUGCCAUUCAUGAAAUAUGGCGAUCUGCACAGUUUCCUGCUGCGCUCACGACUGGGAGAGAGUCCAAUGUUCUUGCCCACUCAGACACUCCUGAAGUUCAUGAUUGACAUUGCUUUGGGUAUGGAGUAUCUCAGCGGGCGCAACUUUCUACAUCGAGACCUGGCGGCUCGCAACUGCAUGCUGCGUGAUGACAUGACAGUGUGUGUAGCGGACUUUGGGUUAUCUAAGAAGAUUUACAGUGGAGAUUAUUACAGGCAAGGCAGAAUAGCUAAAAUGCCUGUCAAAUGGAUCGCAGUAGAGAGUCUGGCAGACAGAGUUUUUACUGUGAAAAGUGAUGUGUGGGCAUUUGGCAUCACCAUGUGGGAGAUCGCUACACGAGGCAUGACUCCCUACCCUGGCAUCCCAAACCAUGAGAUUUAUGACUACCUUGUUGAAGGACACAGACUGAAACAACCUGCAGAGUGUUUGGAUGAGCUGUUUGAGAUCAUGUACAGCUGCUGGAGGGCCGAUCCACUGGACCGACCUUUCUUUCUCCAACUGCGAGAGAUGUUGGAAAAGAUCACGGAAAAGCUCCCAGAGUCUUUCAGCAGGGACGAUAUCAUCUAUAUUAACACCAGCUUUCCUGAAGAGGACCCCGAUGGGGAAACACUUCCUGCGGAACACCCUGUGUUCAGCUCCUCCCCUUCCUGCAGCCACCAGGCAGCAGACAAUGCAGUGGUUACCGUGGACAUUCACGGGAGCCUGCAGGACGAGGACGAUGAGGGCGAUGAUCGCUAUGUGGUGGUGAUCUCCUCUGAUCCUUCCCUGAGAUCUCCUGCAGCGGACACUCCCCUUUUGUCGAGUGAUGCUUUGAGUCGAGCAAAUGGAGACAUGGUCACUGAUGUGACGGGGUUGGACCACAGCUCAAGUGACACGUCUUUCCUGUUGUAAGGAUCGGUACCCAGCAGAUUUAAACUGUAAUAAAACUGUCACCUAGAUGCAUCAGUACUAAACAUGCUGCCUCGAUACACUGGGAGCAACUUGACGUUUCCAGGUGUGGACUUUCUAUGGUGUUGUUAUUGAAGCAGCUUAUGCUUUACAUGGACAGCCUGCGCGUCAGUGUGAAGAAUGUUGUCUAUGUGUUCACGCACAUGUUCUGAUAAGCUUGAAAUACACUGAACUGUGAAAUAGUUUACUGUAUUGUAUUGUGUUGCAAUGUAAAUACAGAAAUGAACAGAGCAUUUAUAAAGUGAUACUAUGAAAAUAUAAAA